CCAGAAUACCAUUGUCCACGUUGUCCGAGUGGAGUUAAUACCCCAAGGUAUCUAUUAAAGCUAAGCUCUUGGACGGUGUUGAGGGUGGCUUAAGCAACGGGAUAAGACGAAACGAUAGAAUGACUAAGUGCAAAGGACUCAAAAGGAAACAAGACUUAUUUUCAUCUUGAGGUAUUUACUUUUUCCUGCGAUACGCCAUCGUCAAACCAACGAGACAGUGAACCGACCGAAUUGGGAUUUAUGUUCAAGAAAUGAUUGAUCAUUUUGUAGGCCACGUUGAGAUGGUUAAUUUGUGCGACUAUACUUUGUCUUAAACAGAAAUACAAUUUCUUGUUUUUUUUGUUUUGAAAUAUAUCUGUGGAAUUCCGAAAGAAUUGGAAACGACGGGAGUUCAACAAGUGAAAGGCAACAGAAUAAGUAAAGAACAGUAAAGGACAUACUGGAACAUUUUGGGACUACCGGUAAACCUUUUCGUAUAACGCGCUCUCAUCGGACGCGUGCAUUAUGACUUUAUCCCCGAAAGAGGCAAGAUGGAAAUUUAUUCGAGCCAUUCGGAUGAUCAUCAUGCAAAAUGCAAUGAACAAGGCUACGGCUGAGUUGGAGGAAGAAGACCAAACACUCUCUUUCAUUUCUCAUUCGGAAGGAUCGGGUGAGGCGGAAGAACUUACAUUCGACAAGAAGUACUUCCGGGCCAAACGAGAGACUAGAUUCACUCAAGAGGUAACGAAUGUUCUGAGUUUAGAGGCGGAGGAAAGAACUCUCGAUCAGCUAAAGGUCGCUCUUCGGGGACUCCAGUCUAUAUCUUCAUUUGCAGAAUUCCCCCUUCACAUUCAGGAGAAGUUAGUCAGGGUAGCCUAUUUUUACAGUAUACCAGAAAAGAAAGUCAUCAUCCGUCAGGGUCAUAUUGCCGAGAACUUUUAUUUCAUUGUCACAGGAGAAGUGUCGGUUGUGAAAACCGAAGCUGAUCCGAUCACGAGCGAAGUCAUUUCGACAGAAAUCGGAAGGUUUCGGAAAGGGGACUGUUUCGGUGAGUUGGAACUGUUACACGGUGACCCUCGUCCAUGCACAAUCACUGCUGAGGAGCCAUGCCAAAUAAUUGCCAUCGAAAAAGAGGAUUUCAUGGAAAUGUUCAUUAGAGAAGGAGAAGCAGGAAAGGAGAUCGAACAUCUAAAAUUUCUCAGAGCGUUACCCUUCUUGAAAGGAUGGCCAGUUCAGAAAUUAAAUGAGCAUCCCCAAAUGUGCCUCGUCCAUUUCUUCAAACGCAGCUCUGUUAUAGUGAGAGACAGCAAUCGGUCUGAGUGGUUGUACAUCAUAAAAUCGGGUUCUUGCCAAGUGAUCAAACAGUUGAAGGAUGCACAAUCGAUGCCGGCACCAAGGCGGCCCCACCAAGCUACCAAUCCAACCCCAGAGAAAAGUGCAUUCAACCCAAGAGAUGGACUACAUAUAGGCUCAAAGAUCGACAGUCGUAGACGAAAAACAUUUCUGACGUCAGAGACUUCGUCAAUGUCACUUUUUGAUGACACGGCAUCACCACCACGACGAGUGGAUAAGAAAAGUUCAACAAGUCCGACGGAAGAGGUGAAAGAGGCGGAUCGAGUUGUUUUCGUUCAAGUUGGAAUGCUUCAUGCCAAGGACGUGUUUGGUUUACCGAUGCUAUGUCGGGAAAACGGAAUCAGUGAUGUAGACCAGCCUAGUUUAAGUCUUGUCAGCCGUGGAGCAGAAUGUAUCAUGUUGAAUAAGAAGUUUUACCUGGACGAGGCAAGCGAGUUUGUCUACCGUCAUCUCAAAGAGAUCGUCCGUCCUUACCCCCUGGGUCAAACCCUCCAAGAGCAUCUCCAACUCCACACCAACUGGUCCAACUACAAGAAACAGGCAGUCUCGGAUGUACUCUCGAAGUCGACCUCAUCGUCGUCUUCGUCAACGUCGGGUUCGUCUUCGCACAACGGCAGUGGUUUGUCGUCGAGGAGGAAUUCGAAUGAUUCGUCGAAUCUGGCUUUUAAGCCGAGAAGAUCUCUUCCGCAGAUUGAGAUUAAGAAGUGACUUUCUUCCUAGUUUAACUUUAGGAACAGAAUCAGUUCUAACGAUGUAAAAAAAUUAAGAUUUGCCAUGUGAUUCCUGAAGAUGGAUAUACAAUACUCGGAUUAAGACGUUCGAAUCGGGAUAAAAUGCGAUGAUAGCUACUCAUUAAUGGGACUGAAAAUGUCAAAUUUCCUGCUGAAUUGAAGUCUCUUGUCAUGCAAUAAGCAUGAUAGGGUAAACUCACUGGAGACCAAAUAUUGGGUGUCGAAACGCUUUCCCCUUUGUAUCGGAACUGAUGAUGAUCUAUAUAGACCAAUUUUUCUCUCAUUCGAUCCGGAGGAACAGACGUGAAUUUGGACAGACAGAAGGAUAGACUUUGUCAUAUGUUUUGGAUUACGAAGGCUAACUAUAAUGUCAACGAAGCCAUCACCACCAUUACUGCCACCGCCACAUUCGUCAUCUUCAUAAUCAUCAUCGGCAUCACCACCACCAUCACUACCACCACUACCAACAUUUUCACCAAGGACAGGCCGGCACCACCAUCAUCAUUAUCACCUCCACCACCACUACCACCACCACCACCAUCAUCAUCACCAUUACCACCACCACC